UCUGAGCAAAAAUAUAGCGUCACUGACUUACGAAAGAAGACGCGCGAGCGAAAGGGUUACUCGGGCCUGUACAACCUACUGUCAAAGUUGUUUAUGUUUCCUGGGUAACAACAUACUGCUGCCGUCGCCUUGCAACCAGCCAGUCUAUAUAUCGGGUUAUGAUGACUACAACAAAAUUAAGAGCGCAAGUGGACACGGUAUCAACUGUUGUACCUCCACCUCCGUCGCGCUUUACACUAGACGAAUGGUAUGUCAAUAACCGACAUAGAUACCGAUGUUCCGAAACACAGCAACAGCUUGCCGAACGCUUGUUAGCUGAAUGCGAUCGCAUUAGAACAUUGACUGAGGAAAGUGCUAGAAGUAACAAAGAGGAAGUUGAUUAUCGUCUGGAGGAGAAGGUUAAGGAUAUUGAAUUCCGAAAAAAGGAACUUCUAAAUGUUCGAAAAGAAGUUCUCCAUGAAGUUGAUGCACUUGGUAUAUACAAGGAACGUUUAAUGGAUGCCCUUUCUUCUGUCAAAUGCAAUGCACUUGUUAUUUGUCAAAAAUGCCUGAUUGUCCGAGAACAUCGCCUAGGUAUUGACCUUGCGCGAGAUGAUGUCGAACGUGAGUUGCGCAAAGAGUGCGAAGUGAUCAGAGGUGCGGAGGACCUAUUAGUACGAACUCUUGAGCAAACACAUGAACAAACUCGCAGGCUCAAGGCUACUUUGUACUACAUGGACCAUGAUCUUGAGGACAAGGAUAAUAAUCUACGUAUCGAUCGGCAUAAUCGCACACUUACAGACACCAGUUUGAAUUUGGCUCUUUAUCAUGGAAACGCAAGGCUCGAUCCAUCGAGUAUUACACUCAGCGAAUGGGAAAUGCAAACCAACACCAAUAUUGUCAAAGCCUCAAAAGAGAUAAAUAGUGCAAGGCCCUUGCGUUGUUAUAUCGAUACAAUACUCAAACAAAUUAUAGACGAUCUUAAUGUUCAAAAACAGGCAACGGAUGAAGCUUUCCGUAGUCGUAUUGACGAAACUAAAAGUGUUAAAAUGAAGUUGGAGUUACAACAUUCUGAGAUCAUGCGCCAAGCUAACGAAAUGACACGUAAUAUUACACGUUUGGAAAAAAGUAUUGCGGAAAAAGAAAAAUAUAUGGCUUUGGCUCAUACACGAUUGGGUAAUCGCUGCCAAAGACCUGGCUUAGAGUUGUGUCGAGAUAUGGUGGAGACGAGUCUUGUUGAAGAGGUCUAUGAUUUGCGUGGGAAUGUCUCUAUGCUACAACGAAUGUUCAAUGAGGCUCAAGCUUCACUCCGGUAUUUAUUGAGAACACAAAUCCAGCUGGAAGAGGAUAUAAACGUUAAGGCUAAUACAUUGAAAAUUGAUGAAGUCGACUGUAUGACGCUUCGGCAAAGCAUGAGUUAUCAUGCUUAUUAAAAAUAUCGAUAGUAUUUACAGCAAUGAAA